UAUUUCCACCCAAAGUUUGGGAAUGGCAAAAAAAGACCCACUCGUUGUUGCUUCUAUCUUUGAACCAAAAAAUUUAAAAGAAGCAAAACAAAAUCCAUUCAUUUCACUUCCUCCAAGUGGAUUCGCAAGGUUAUAGUUGCACGGUUUAUUCUCUUCAUUGAAACUAAACUACAAUUUUGUAAUUAAAUUUCCACCACUUCAUUAGACAGAGGUUUCUGGAAGGUUUAAAAUAAAGUAAUACCUAUACCUGCCUUCGAGGUGUUCGACAAAAUUGCCAAGAGAGUUUUUCCUCCUCUUUCUUACUUCAUUGCUGUGAAAAGAGUAGUGGACAGAAAGGGUACUCAUUCAAAUUCUGUGCUUGGUCUUCGUUGGAACGAGAAGCUCAAGUAAAUUUCGAAAUUUGGGAUAGGAUAUCCAUGGAUGUCGGAUGAGAAUUUGAAAAGUUCAAACAUUUUGAAGUCUAUUUAAUAAAAUAAAUGGACAAUCUAUAAAAAUCGCCGAAAAAGAUUAGUUAUUUUUAUUUUGUUGCAUUUUUGUUUCUUGGUCGGCCCCCACUGCUGUAGCAGUAAUCUAGUUUCUAAGAUAGAUUAGAAACAUUAGAGCAGAGAAAACUAGUGCAGUUUUGUUUGAGGGUUUUAAAGAGUCAGCUGAUCGGAGGAGUAUUCUCUUCAAUUCAUAUCAGAGAGAUAGAUAUGACAAAUAGCGGGAAUUAUAAGAUAAACAAGAAGAAGAGGGCAAAAUCACUGAAAGAGAAGGCGAAAUUAGUAAUGGGUUCGCAUCCACAUAGGAGGUGUGAAGAUUAUCAAUCUUUUGAACAUGAUGACCGUCGUCAGAGAUCAAGGUCUCCUCAAGUUUGCAGCCACGGUCUUGUGAAGACUCCAACUUCUACAAUUGUGGUGAAGGGGUUGCCAAAAGAGACGACUGAGGAUAAUAUUCAUCAGAUCCUAGCAGAAUGGAGGCCCCUUCGUAAUGUUCGAAUCAUGAUGAAAAAGAAUUCUAGUGUUUGCCGUGGAAUUGCAUUUAUUGAUUUUCCGUCUGUGGUAGCGGCUCAAAAGAUGAUGGAUGAAAUUGGAGAUUGUGGCCUUGAUGUUAAUGGGCUAAAACUGUCUUUUGAGUACAGACUAGGUAAAAUAUCUGAAUUAGCUAGUGAAGAUCCGAUUGUAAAAGCUGGUGCACCAGAUUCUCGGGACCCUGCAGAAUUGCGUAUGCUAAAGGUUGGGGAUGAACCAUAUGAAUCUUAUUCAGUAGAGAACAAUUGUGUUUUAUUUUCCCUUGUAAGGAGUGCCAAGGCACUUGAAGACACCUUCAAUAGCUUAGAAGGCGUAACGUGCGAAAAAGCUGACGAAGGAUUGUAUUUGUUCCCUCGUAUCCAAUUUCCUCAAAAAGCAGUCAAAGCUGCUGAUGCUGCAAAGAUUGCCCCGGAUGCGUUUUAUGCUAAGCGCCUCGUACAAGCUACUGGUAUUGUUGUAUUACCUGGAUCGGACUUUGGGCAGGUUCCUGGCAUAUGGUGUAUUGGAUUGCCAAUUCUACUUCAAAAGAUGGAGAUCCCGGAAAUCAUAACGGGCUUGACAGACUACCACCAAGCCUUCAUGGCUGAGUUCCAUGAUUGAGGACUAAAAUAAUAGAUAUCACGGUCUUUAGAAAAUGAAACCCAUCUUUUUUUUUUAAAGAAGCUACCCAUGGCGUUGGCACACUGGGAGCAAUUUUAUUAAAAUUAAUAAAAAGAAAGGAGGGGGACUAGGCCUUACCUCCAACAAGAGAAGAAGAAAACAAGAAAAAGAAAGCUAACUACAUAUUUUUAAAGCGAUACAACGG